AUGUGUUCAGAAAUUGAACAAGUUAUUACCGAUCUAAUAUCUGAAGAUCCUUACAAUUGUGAUAAAUCAAGAGUACUGGUGUUUGUACUGGGUGAUGAGUCUCGAGUAGCGUUUGAGAAAAUAGUUCCUGGAGCACUCCAACUUAAUUCAUCGAUUGGGUCAGUACUGAGAAGUCGAAACGAUAUUGAUAUAUUGUUUUUGAACAAACCUCAAGUAUUAUUUAUGUAUUUGAUGAAAUUAGAUGCAUUAGAGAAUGGAAAAGAGUCAAUAGACUAUAAUUAUAUUAUCUUUUACGGGUUAGAUUGUCUAAUCAAAGAAAUUAAUAAUAAAAAUGAAAAUCAUGGACAGUUUGAUUUAGAACAAGUUAGGUUAUCAAACUUGAUUUAUAAUAUUGCAUUCAGAAUUAAAAGAAAACAUUCAUUGAAAGGAUUGAGAUAUAUACCUCUACGUGACGAUGAAGAAAACACAUCAAACAGUCUACGUAAGAUUGAAGAGUACUGGGAAACAGUAUGUUAA